AUCCUCGCAGUCCGAGGUCAGGAAGCCAGAUGAGCCCGCAGAGAAGCGCUUGCUCACCGCGACCAGUCCAAGCCAAAAGUCGCUGAGAGGACGAGGAAGUUCGGUAUGCAGAAGCAAUGAUGACCGACCUGCACGCAGCCAUGGUACCGAAGCGCGAACCGGUGAAGUUAGAGGAGCCAGAGCGCACGCAGGCGGCGUGUGAGUGCAAAAGCCAAUGCAACAACUGCAAAAUCUUCCUGAGUUUGUUCAUCCUCUCGCUCUCUCUGCACCUCGUCACGCUCUUCUGCUACCUGGACCUGCGCUCGGAGCUCAAACGAGAAAUAUCCCAGAAAAACAAAGAUGAGGUGUCAUCAACGGGGCCAGCACCGCACUAUGAAGCCACAGCGCCAGUGCUCCGGUUACCGGACACCGACCACCCAACAAUAGACGACCAGAGCAGAUGGAGGGAUGAACACACAAGAGGGCUGGAGAGAGUCAUUCAUCGUACCAAACGUUCAGAUACAAAUGGAAAAAAGAAAGGAGAGCGGAAAAAGGGCAAGAAAGGACCCCCUGGCGCUCCUGGACCUCCAGGCCCACCUGGUCCGCAAGGUCCACCUGGAAUACCAGGGAUCCCGGGAAUCCCGGGCAGUAAUGCGAUGGGUCCCUCUGGCCCACCUGGACCUCCUGGUCCCGCAGGGCCACCUGGGCCACAAGGUCCACCUGGACCACAGGGACCUUCAGGUGGCGCUGAAAAAGCCAAACACAGAGAGACACAGCCAGCUGUGGUGCAUCUGCAAGGUCAGGAAACGACUAUCCAGGUGAAAGAAGAUUUGUCAGAAGGUGUGUUGAAAAAUUGGAGAAUGAUCUCAAUCCAUCAGAGAGUGUUUAAAAUGCACUCGCGCUCUGGAGAGCUGGAAGUCCUUCUUGACGGAACAUACUUUAUAUAUAGUCAGGUAGAAGUAUAUUACCUGAACUUCACGGACAUAGCGAGUUACGAGGUGAUGGUUGAUAAGACUCCAUUCUUGCGCUGCACACGAAGCAUCGAGACCGGCCAGCGCAAGUUCAACACCUGCUACACCGCGGGCGUGUGUUUGUUGCGAGCCCGCCAGAGGAUCUCCAUCCGCAUGGUGUACGAGGACACCUCCAUCUCAAUGAGCAACCACACCACCUUCCUCGGCAGCAUCCGUCUAGGGGACGCCCCGGCUGCUGGACACACCUGAGCAUACAGGUCGACCCCAUCAGACACACAGAUCACGCUGAUGAGCUCACAGACCACGCCCACUGAACUCAACUGAGCCAGUACGUCUCAUUAGCACCGCCCCAAGGACACAGAGCCAGCAAUUUACGAACGAACUGGCUCAUCUACAUAUCCGCCGAGCGUCAGGCAAAUGUGACUAUGUUGCACUGACAUAAAGAUCCAAUUCACUCUGAGCACUGAAACAGCCUCCAUCAUUCCUCAAACAUUAGCCAUAUCACACAAAUUUAAUCAACAGACUGGCUUCCUGGUGAAUAACCAGCAUGCAUUGUGUUUCAGCCAUUCUAGCAGUUCUGGUUUGUGCGACUGGAUGAGCUCGGCGCCCUUACAGCUGCUGUGUGUAUGUGGUAUCUGGCACAUGUGGCACAGGGAGGAAGUGCACCUGCAUUGAUUGCAGUGACUGGAACUGCAAAAGGAGUGAGAUGCUCUAUUCAUUCAAUUCACCGGUAGCAACCUGCUCAUAACAGACACUCACUACAAUAGAUUCAACACCACAUAAAUAGUGAACCUGUGUACUAUUCUAUUAAGCACUGAUAAUGGCAAUGUAUAAAACAGAAUAUCUAUGUUCAGUUAUCUCUAAUGCAGUCAAGAUACCCUAAUAUGAAGUCACGAAAUUUACAGUUUUAUGGUUCUUUGCUCUUUACCUGUCAUUACCUGUGGGGGAAACGUAGUGUAUGCACAUGCCAGUAGUUCAGGCACUGAAAUUGAUGUUACUCCAUGGUUUUUAGUGCCCUCUUCAACAUCAUUCUAAAAAUGCAAUACAAUACCAUAUGUCUCCUGUAGGGGACAGUAGUGCUUCUCUAUAGCAAAUGUAGCACUGACAAAUUUGGCUGUGUUUGGAAUAGAAUACUGUUGUACUACUGUUACUUUUGCUACAGUAUAUAGUAUGCAUGCUGUAUACUAGUAUAUUACUAAUACUAUACUACACUACCGUUUAGAAGUUUGGGUCAGUUUUAAAGGAAUAGUUCUCCCAAAAAUAAAAAUUCUGUAAAUAAUUACUCACCCUCAGUGUUGGGGGUAACGCACUACAAGUAACACGAGUUACGUAAUAUUAUUACUUUUUCCAAGUAGCUUGUAAAGUAACGCAUUACUUUUUCAAAUAAGUAACGCCAGUUUCUUUUCCCCCCAUUUAUUGAUUAAAAGCUCUCCUAUCCCCAUGUUGAGAGAAAUUGGCAGUAAGAUGUUAGUUCUAGACUAAAUGUGAACAUGCAUUAAUUCAUGUCACUCACAAAGAACAGAUUCAGUAUUCCUCAAAAUGAAUAAAAACAGUGAAAUUCAACUCUGAAUAUGAUGCAAACCUGCAAUAAUUAAAUAUGUUAAAUAAUACAAAUACCCUUUAAGCAUUUAAUACCAUUUUACUAACCAAAUGUCUCUGCUGCCAACCUUCGAUGAUGCAAUUCAACCAUAUUAAUAAGCAAAAAUUACUUUAGAUAAACUAACAUUUGUUUUCCUUUUUUUUUUUUUUCUUGCUGAAGUGUUGAUUUUUUUUUUUUUUUUUUCUUCUGCAGUCUACUGUACAGACGUAAAUUCACUUUUCUCAAAGCCUGAAGGUUUUGGUGUGAAAAGGCUUUUACAUUUACCAAAUAUAGAACUUUUAAUAUUAAAAGCAAACAAGCAAGAUUUAAAAAGUAACGCAUUACUUUCCAUAAAAAGUAAUGUAAUUAGUUACUUUUUUAGGGAGUAACUCAGUAUUGUAAUGCAUUACAUUUAAAAGUAACUUUCCCCAACACUGCUCACCCUCAUGUUGUUCCAAACCUAAGACUUGGGUUCAUCUUCGUAACACAAAUAAAGAUAUUUUUGAUUAAAUCUGAGAGCUUUCUGACCCUUCAUAGACAGCAAUGCAACUACCAUGUUCAAGGCACAGAAAGGUAGUAAGGACUGAAACAGUCCAUGUGACAUCAGUGGUUCAAAGUUAAUUUGAUGAAGCUACAAGAAUACUUUUUGUGCACAAAGAAAACAAAAAUAACCACUUCAUUCAACCAUUUCUUCUCUUCUGUGUCAGUCUUUGUCCCUCGUUCACGAGAGUAACACAACACAUCUCUUAGCUUCAUAACAUUAAGGUUGCACUGAUGUCAGAUUGACUAUUUUAACAAUGUCCUUAUACUAACUUUCUGGGCCUUGAAUGUGUCAGUUGUGUUGUUGUCUAUGCAGGGUCCAAAAGCUCUUGGAUUUCAUCAAAAAUAUCUUAAUUUGUGUUCUGAAGAUGUACAAAGGAUUUUUGGGUUUGGAACGACAUGAGAGUGAGUAAUUAAUGACAGAAUUUUUAUUAUUGGGUGAACUAUCUCUUUGAUCAAAAGUGACAGCAAAUACAUUUAUAAUGUUACAACAGAUUUCUAUUUCAAAAGAAUAAUAUUCUUUUGAACUUCCUGUUAUUCAUCAAAGAAUCCUUUGUAUAACCGUUUCCACAAAAAUAUUAAGCAGCUGUUUUGAUAAUACACUGAUAAGAAAUGUUUUUGGGCCCAACUGAUUGACACAAUUAAAGGAACAUGUGACACAGAGUUUAGCUUUGAAUAAAAUCACAUUUUUAAAAUAUUAUAGUUAUUAAUAAUUAUUAUUAUUUUCAAAUUUAAUAAUAAUUCAAAAUAUUAGUUUUGUAAUGUUUUUUUUUUUUUUUUUUUUUACUUCCAGAACAAAAAAUUACGGAUUUGCUCACCCCUUUGUCAUCUAAGAUGUUCAUGCGUUUUUUUUCUUCAUUCGUAAAGAAAUUGUUUUUUGAGGAAAAACAUUUCAGGAUUUCUCUCCAUAUAGUGGACUUUGGUGCCCGUGAGCUCAAACUUCCAAAAUGCAGUUUAAAUGCAGCUUCAAAGGGCUCUAAAUGAUCACAGCCGAGGAGGAAGGGUCUUAUCUAGCGAAAAGAUCGGUUAUUUUCUAAAAAAUGUACAAUUUAUGUACAUUUUAACCUCAAAUGCUAAUUUUGUCUAGUGUGUGCGUAGUCUGUGUAAUCUGGGUCAAUACAGUUAGAGUAUGUCGAAAAACUCCCAUUUUAUUUUCUCCUCAACUUUAAAAUCAUCCUACAUUGCUGCAGAAGUACCCACCCAGUGUUUACAAAGUGAACAUGCAAAGAAGGUCAAUCGUCCUUUACAAAAAAAAGCUAAAACUCAUGGGCCACGCUGAAGUCCUCUAUGUGGAGAACAUUCCUGAAAUGUGUACCUCAAGAAAAAAUUUCCUUACGACUGAAGAAAGAAAGACAUGAACAUCUUGGAUGACAAGAGGGGAGUAAAUUAUCUGUAAAUUUUUGUUCUGGAAGUGAAUUUCUCAUUGAAGUUCAGAAGAGACGUCUCUCAACCCCAAACCUUUAAACAGUAGCGUAUGUACUGAAUACUGCAUCCCACAAAGCCAAAUCCCACAGAUAUCCUCAUUUUUAUGGACAGUUUUACACAAAACCUGAUUUUAAAAGAUCAUAUAAAACAUAAAAGCAUAUAGACACAUAAAACAGUAGGCGGUGUUCAGUAUAUACUGCACAGUAUACAGUAAGUUAGUAUUCCAUUCCAAACAUUUGAGCCUGUCUUUCACUCAAACACAUACUGAUAUAAAUAAUAGCGUCAUGAAUCAGCCCUUGAGAUUUCUCCAGCGCCUGACUGACAGCUCAGGAUUGCGGAUCUGAAUGGGUUGUAGAGAAAACUGAAUUAUGCGAGUGUAGUUCAGUUAAUAGGAAUCAGAUCCCAGAUCCUCACAGUGAGAACAAACUGCUUUAUUGUGUGUUCAAAGGUCUUGGAAUAAAAAGAACCAUGGGAAUUAUCUGGAACCUUCUGAAGAGAGCUGGUAAUCUGCCCUCAGGUUUCCUCUGCAUGUUCUCUCUGUCUCCACAUGGAAAUGUAAAAAAAAAAAAAGAAAGAAAAAAAGGAGAG